AUGGCCUCCCCAUUCUUCCCAUCUUUGACCAAGCGAUGGCACAGCGAAUCGUACGAAGCCAUAUCACCACUGCGUCCUGAGCUCUCAGUGAAAGGCAAGACUGUUGCCGUCUCCGGCGGUGGCACUGGCAUCGGCGCCAGCAUCGCAAGAGCCUUUGCAGCCGGCGGAAGCACCAACAUUGCAAUCAUGAGCCGGACCCAGAAGAAACUCCUUGCGACCAAACAUGCCAUCGAAGGGGAAUUCCCGGGCACCGAAGUUCUUGCCGUGACUGCCGAUAUCACCAACGCGAGCCAGAUCAAUGACGCCUUCGCCAAGAUCAGCCAGGCCUUCGGCGAGAUCCAUGUGUUCAUCUGCAACGCCGCAUUCAUGCCAAAGCCCCAGGCCGUUCUCGACCCAGAUCUCGACAUGCAGGAGUGGUCGACCGCUAUCAACACCAACGUGCUAGGCGCGAUGAACUCGGUCAGAGGGUUCGUCCCACAUGCAGCCAAGGGAGCGCACGUCCUUCACAUCUCGACCUGCAUCGGCCAUAUCCCACCAAUUGAAGUUGGCUCGGCUGCCUAUGCCGCAACCAAGGCCGCCGCGACAAAGAUGUUCGAUUACGUCGCCUACGAAAAUCCUGGCCUACACGUAGUCAACAUUCAGCCCGGCCUCCACGAGACCGACAUGAGCCGCAAGAACAACCACGGCGGCAUGGAUCACAUUGAUCUCCCGGGCCAUUUCUGCGUAUGGCUGGUCAGUCCCGAAGCCAAAUUCCUCAAGAGCAAGUACGUGUGGGUGAAUUGGGACGUUGAUGAAUUGAAGGCCAGAAAGGAGGAAAUUCUGACCACCGAUCUACUUGAUACGAAGCUUGGUGGAGUUUCGUUCGUAGGGUGGAAAGGUUCUCAUAUGUUGAAAGACCUUUGA